CACAUGCCCACCUACCUAGGUAUGUAGACAGGGAGUUGUGAUCGUCAGGCCUUCUGUUCCAUUUCGUUGCUCUGCGGGAAUAUAAAUUAUUGAAGCGUCGCCAAGAAAACAUUGAAAUGGAAUCUUCAUCUGAUAGUCGCAUCGCCGAUCAAACAAGCAUCGGUUGAGUACCUACUGUGCCAGUCAUUUUACUUGCUGCCGUACAGAUAACCCGAGGGGGGUCUAGGAAACACAUCAGAACGGCUCAGGCGCAAACAGAACAGCGCGUGAAUGGGAAGAUGAUACCACGAUGCACGAAAUCGUGACCAUUCAAUUGGGCCAAAAGAGUAACUAUCUCGCCACCCAUUUUUGGAAUACUCAGGAAUCUUACUUCACAUACUCGGAGCAUGAAGAACCGCUGGUGGAUCAUGAUGUCCAUUUCCGCCCUGGUCUGGGAGUCGGUGGUGUAGAGACCUUCACUCCGCGCACCAUCAUCUACGAUCUGAAAGGGGGAUUUGGCACUCUACGUAAAUUCAAUGCCCUGUAUGACAACCAGCAUGACUCUGGUGAGGUUGUGCGCGGGCUGUGGGACGGUGCGACCUCGACGCAACAAGAGCCCGCCAUUGAACCAACAGAGUACCAGAAGCGACUCGACCUCGGGCUCCCCACGUCUCAGCUGCAGGACUCCGAUGUCCGGUAUUGGUCGGACUUCAACAGGGUGUUUUUCCAUCCCAGAUCCAUGGUCCAUGUAAAUGAGUAUGAGCUGAACUCACAGCUAAUGCCGUUCGAAAACUGGCACGCUGGAAGCGACCUCUUUGACAGCCUUACCCGAGAAUUCGACCUUCUUGACCGAGACAUUCGACCAUUCACAGAAGAAUGCGACCAUAUGCAAGGCUUCCAGGUCUUCACAGGGGCAGAUGAUGCCUGGGGUGGCUUUGCGGCCAAAUACCUCGAACAUUUACGCGAUGAGUACGGUAAGAUCAGCAUGUGGACAUGGGGAAUCGAAGACGCAUCCAGAGUCAGCAGGCAAAAGCAGUUGGCACGAGAUUGCAACACUGUGAGGUCCCUCAGCACAAUCGGCCAGCAGGCUUCUGUGUAUGUGCGCCUCGCUGCUCCUCCCUCGUCGCUCCCGGGGUAUGUUCGCCUCCAGAGUAGCUCUGACUGGGUGACCACUGCACUCCUCUGCACCGGCCUGGAGUCGAUUACACUUCCCACAAGGCUCACUGCGAAUGGGCAUAAACGAGGCUCAUUGCCGCUGUUUGAGGAUACCUUGAACACCAAUGGGCAUCAGAACAUCUUCGAACUCCAGGCAAGUAUUACCAAUGCCACACGCCAUGAUCAUCAUCAGAACACUGGUGCAUCCGCUGGGCAAUCAAGUGGGAGAUCUUUGUCUACAGAAGACAAUAGCGGUAAUGGGCAGCCAGAACCGACUGACUUUGACAUGAAUUAUUCUUCCCAUACGACUCGGUCAACAACGUCGCAAUCUUCUCACGUGUUUGCGCAAGUUGAAUGCGAGCGCGGGCACUCGAAUUCCGCCUCUCGACCCUUGACCCUGGAUCCUGAAGAACGGCUGCGUAGAAGAUUGGACGAAGAAAGUGUCGUUGAGAGAUAUCAAACCGGGCUCCAGUUUCCGCUGCUGGAGACAUUCCCAGAUGGACUCUUCGAGACCAACCGAGAAAGCCGGGGUGGCCUGGAUAUCUCGGCAGGGCUUGUUUGCGCCUCCGGCAUGAAGGACCAGAUCCUGCACCUGAGAGAUGCGACAAUUCGGUACUGCCAAUUGGACGAGCGCGAGAGCCUGUACGAUGAUUUGAGCCAGCUGUCGCAGUAUUACCAGUUUGGUUGGGACAGCGGGUCGGAUAGUGGCCAGGACGAGUGAAGACUCUCUGUUACUGAUACCUAGGUAGUCAGGCACUGGAACCAAAAAGAGUGAGCCGGAUUUGCUGGACAUGGCCGCGUUUCCGAGAACCUACUCAGCGGAAGAGCUCGCAGCCGCCCGCUGGGCCACAAUGCGACGGUUCAAGCCGAUGGUAGGUGUCACCACUGUACAGUUGUAGUAGUACAACUAUGCUACAGUCAUCAGUGGUGGGAAGCAGCAGGAUACCUGCAAAGCGCCCUCGCCAAAAAUUCCGACAGUAUUCGCAUAGAAACUAUUGACGGUUAGCCGCCCACCAUGGAUGGCCUGAUCCCCUCCACCGGUGGCGUUCUCCAUCAGGCUUUUUCACUGCCA